CAGGAUACCGGUGUGGGCAAAUCAAGUAUUGUAUGGCGGUUUGUGGAAGACAGUUUUGAUCCGAACAUCAACCCAACUAUAGGGGCAUCCUUUAUGACCAAGACUGUCCAGUACCAAAACGAGCUACAUAAAUUCCUAAUCUGGGAUACAGCUGGACAAGAACGAUUCCGUGCCUUAGCACCCAUGUACUAUCGAGGGUCGGCUGCAGCUAUAAUUGUUUAUGAUAUCACAAAAGAAGAGACCUUUUCAACAUUAAAGAAUUGGGUAAAGGAGCUUCGACAACACGGCCCACCUAAUAUUGUAGUUGCCAUUGCAGGAAAUAAGUGUGAUCUUAUCGACGUGAGAGAAGUCAUGGAGAGAGAUGCUAAGGACUACGCAGACUCCAUCCAUGCGAUUUUUGUAGAGACCAGUGCAAAAAAUGCGAUAAACAUCAAUGAACUCUUUAUAGAAAUUAGUCGAAGAAUUCCAUCCACUGACACCAACCCGCCAUGUGGCGGGAAGGGCUUCAAACUCCGGAGACAGCCUUCAGAGCCCAGGCGAAGCUGCUGUUGACUGAGCCUCAGCUUCUCAGACUCAAUGAAGUAGGUGGUCCUGAAAGCUAAUAGGAGGGCUGGGGGCCCUGCCACCAGGCUUCGCCCAGCCAAUCUGGUGGUCUUCGUGCAAAAAAGAGUCACAGAAAUUUACCAGUCUGUUUCCUGUUUGAAGAUUGCAGCAGUACUAUUUCAGUCUGUGGAUUUGUGUUAUGUAAAGACUCUGGUGUACAAAGGGACUCCAUCACUGGCUUUUGACCUUGCUGGAAAGGAACAUGUAAUUGUAUGGAUGGUAGGAUCAAAUUGUUGAGUCGUUUUGUAAUCAAGAUUUUAUGUAACAUUUAUAAAGGGAAAAUGAGCACUUUCGUCGUUCAUGAGGGAAAGAAGACCUCGUGGAGAUUAUAAUUUCCUUGGUUUCCCAUUUCCACUGUUCUAGGGAGUUGUAUAAUUUAAAAUGUGGUAGGAUACCAUUAAGUGGAGGGAUGGCAAUUAUUAUCUGAAGGUAAAUGGGUUAUUUAUCGGACUGAUGGAAAUGAUUGCACCCGCCAUCUCCAAAGCACUUUCUAUUGCAUACAUUAGCCCAGGAUGCAUACAGUAAGUUCACAACAGCAACAGCCCACAGCUCACCCUAGGUUUGCAUUCUGACCCUGUCCUGUAUGUGUCACCAAACUCAUUAUUGGCACCUUUUGUAAUAAGCUCUCAGGAUUGGGGUGGUGGUGGUAAAGAAGCUGACUGGAAUAAAUUGAAAUGCAUAUGUUUAAACUCACUAACUGGUUUUAAAAGGAAGAAAAAGAAAGUAGUGUAAAUGCUGUCAAUUUUUUAUUUAACCCAUAUAUUUUGGUGGGGGAAACAAUUAUCUGUUGCUUAGCCUAUGUAAAGUUGUAGUCUGUAUUUAUGAGACCAUGGCUUAAAAAGUAUAAAUUAUGUAAAUACAGUAAUAAAUUCUAUGUUUCAUUCCAUUUAAUCUUGCCCCAUCUUGUGUAUGCCCACCCCAUUUUCGGCCUGUCCACAGGAGACUGUUCAAAGCACAUUUAUGUUGUGCAAAAGCAUAGAGCCUUAGCUUGCCAUCUUUAAAGAUUUCUCUGCCUUUCCUUCUACCCCCCACCCCCAAAUCCCAUCUGGAAAUCAUAAUACAGACAUAUGCCACUUGGACAAGCCUGACUGGCCCUUCCUAGCCUUGGGGUAAAAAAUUAAGCUCCAAGCUCAAGUCAUUUACCUGGUCUUGGUAAUAAGUUUAUUUUCGCUUUUAACAGCGACCUCAGACCAAACUGAAGAAAGCUUUCCUCGUUAACAAUUUAGCUUAUCUUUCCGGUUCCCUUUUUGCCCCCCCUGCCUCUGUUAGUGGUUAACACUCUUUUCCCUCAGGGAGCUUAAUGAGGUUUUUAAUACAAUCUAAAAAUAAAGCACUGAAGUGAAGUUGGUGAAAAUUUGUUCCUGGUCUAAUUUGGCACCCUUCCAACCUGAGUAUUGUAAGGGAAGGAAAUUUACAAGAUUAAAUAGGAAAUGAAACAGCUUGAAUUUCAAACUAAAUUGUAUUUUCAGAGCUCUCCUUAAACUGAACAGUCGAAACUUUUAAAAAUAAUUGUUAUUUCUUUGUGCACCCCACUUGAUAUGGGUGGAUUUUAAUGGGAAAAUUGUAACUCAGAUGAAGUACAGAGCGACUCCCUUCUCCCUGGGGAAUGUCUCAGGCGUUUGAAAUUGUUUAUUUUUUUAUUAAAGCCGAUAGAAGGCACAUAGGUAGUGAA